GGUAAAUCUGGAGCCAGAACUCAGCACACACCAACAAGGGCUGGAGGGGAUCGCUAUAUUCCCAACCGCAGUAAUAUGCAGAUGGAGAUAGCAAAUUUCCUCCUAACCAAAGAGAAUGACCCUUCCGAGAAAUCCCCUACCAAGAAGGAGCAACAGAGAGCCUGGGCAGUGAAUCUGAAUGGCUUUGAUGUAGAAGAGUCAAAGAUUCUCCGCCUCACUGAGAAUCCACAGAAUGCUUCAGAAGGCUAUCAGAAUAAACUGAAAGUGCUCUACAGUCAGAAAACAACACCUGGAUCCAGCAGGAAGAAUGGCAGAUACAUUCCCUCAAUGUCAGACCGGAUCCUGGACGCACCAGAAAUUCGCAAUGACUACUAUCUGAAUCUCAUUGACUGGAGUUCUCAGAACUUCCUGGCAGUGGCUCUGGACAACACUGUCUAUCUGUGGAAUCACACCUCUGGGGAGAUUAUCCAGCUGCUGCAGAUGGAGCAUCCAGAUGAUUACGUUUCCUCUGUGUCAUGGAUUAAAGAAGGAAACUACCUUGCUGUUGGCACAAGUAAUGCUGAGGUCCAGCUGUGGGACAUUCAGCAGCAGAAACGUCUCCGAAACAUGACCAGCCAUUCUGCCCGUGUGGGAUCCCUCAGCUGGAACAGCUACAUUCUCUCCAGUGGAGCACGGACUGGCCACAUCCACCACCAUGAUGUCAGAGUGGCUAACCAUCACACGGCCACACUCACUGGCCACACACAGGAGGUGUGUGGACUCAAGUGGUCCCUAGAUGGGCGCUACCUGGCCAGUGGUGGCAAUGACAAUCUAGUGAAUGUCUGGCCAUGUACCCAGGGGGCCAAUGGAAACUUUGCUCCUGUACACACCUUCAGUCAGCACCACGGUGCUGUCAAGGCUCUGGCAUGGUGUCCAUGGCAAAUGAAUAUUUUAGUCACUGGAGGUGGGACUAGUGACAGACAUAUCCGCAUCUGGAACGUGUGUUCUGGCGCCUGCCUCAGUACUGUUGAUGCUGGUUCCCAGGUCUGUUCUAUCCUGUGGUCAACUAACUACAAGGAGUUCAUUUCAGGCCAUGGCUUUUCACAGAAUCAGCUGAUUCUAUGGAAAUAUCCAACGCUGGCCAAAGUGACUGAGCUGCGAGGUCAUACUGCCAGAAUCUUGAACAUGACUAUGAGUCCUGAUGGCACAACAGUGGCCUCAGCAGCUGCUGAUGAAACGCUGCGGCUCUGGCGCUGUUUUGAGAUGGACCCCAUAAAGAAGAAGGAGAGAGAGAAGGCAAACAGUGCCAAGCGCAGCAUUAUUCACCAGAGCAUCCGCUGAAUGCAUGAGGUUGUUGUGAGGGGAGGCGGAUUGUUUGGUUUACGUGUUGUACAGUAUUUUAAAUGCUAAUAAAUUGCUUUACUU